GGCCGGAGCCCCGGUUCUAGCUCGCAGCCUGGCCCUGGUGCUGCGUGGCCUCGCCCGGUGCAGGCCUCGGCCCUCCCUUGUAAGACGGCCGGUACCGGCCCUUCAAGGCAGCGGGACUGCGGGCCCGGCGCGGAGGGCUUUGCUCCUUGUCCCUUGUGCUGUGGGAGCUUGUGAGGGCUGAAGCUGUUACUGCUGUUGCUGCUAACAGCUCUUCGCAGUGCUGUGUGUUACCAUGGGUGUAGUAAACUUUGUGUCGUGAUGGUUGCUGGCUGACGAGGUGAAAUCUAGUGUUAUCAUGAGCUGUUGUGGGGGUCAUCUCUCCAAAUAAAACCACGGGUGCGAAGGAACGUUUUUGGUCAUUUUGGUUUGUGGAGAAAACUCCCCCCCUUCCCCACUCUUUAAUUUUUAUUAUGCUUUCAGUGUGUUUGAUAGCAAUAUUAAAAUGCUAGUAGUGGCCAAGAUGCUUGCGUAUUGUUUGGAUGUGAACUUGAUUAAGCUAAACUAGAAUGGAUUUUUUUUUUUCCCCUGAUAAUCUGUAUCAUAGACUUGUUUAAAUUGUUAGGCAAGAGGAGUGCUUCAAAUACAGGUGUGAGGAGGUGGAAAAAUGUUUCCACUUACUACAGUAUAGUAACUAAGUAACUGUUUAGUAACUUACAGCUGGUAGUAGUUUACCGCACUUAUUGCUCAAGUUGUGUUGCCACUACGGACAGAAUCAUAACUAAAGUUUGCUCGGACACAGCAUCUGUGUGGUGACCUCAGACCAUUUAAUCUGACAGCAUGUGUUAAUGUCUGAAACAUGAUGGCCUUCACCCUCAUUGUUAGGUCUCCAUGGAAAAUAAUAAAACCCAAUAGCCUACCAGCGCUCAAAACUAUUUUGAAUUAGAGGUGCAGCUUUCCUGGAAAAGCAAAUGUCUGGAGCCUUAAGGACACCCAGGUAACGCUGAAAGUAACAUAGUAGAGGGCAGGGCCCUACUUUGUAUCCGUGUGCAGCUAUGAAGUAGGUUCAUACACAUUUAUUUCUGAUUUUAUAACAGUGAGGUCUGCUGUAUGAUCUCAGCUUUAUUUUGUAUUUAUUUCAUAUUGCAUUGUAUAAGGAAGGCAUUUUUUUUAUGAUGAGAAGCACUGGAACAGAUUGCCCACAUUGCUGCUGGAUGUCUCAUCCCUGGAAACAUUCAAGACUGCUGUGAGUUUCAGAGAUCAGCCAUGGGCAUUAAAGGUUUGCAGGGAUUUAUGGCGAGAGUUUGCCCUGAUGCAUGCAGAACAGUAGAUCUGAGAGAAAUGGCAGAAAAACAUUGCAUCGAUCAUCCUGAUUCUCCGCCUGUUAUUGCAGUAGAUGCCAUGAGUUGUGUUAGAUACUGGUACACACCAGAAUCCUGGGUGUGUGGUGGCCAGUGGCGGGAGUUCCUUGCCAUUUUAGAGAAUUUUAUUGAAGCUUUUACAGCAGCUGGUAUCAAGUUGGUGUUUUUCUUUGACGGAGUGGUAGAAUCGAAAAAGAGAGAUGAGUGGGUCAAACGGAGGUUGCAGAAUAACAAGGAAAUAGCCAGAGUAUUUCAGUUUAUCAAGACUCACAGGAAACAACCAGGGAGAGAAAUGUUCAUGAUUCCUUCAGCUUUGCCUACUUUUGCACGUUUUGCCCUGAAGUCACUCGGUCAAAAAACAGUAUGCACAUUGCAAGAGGCAGACUUUGAGGUGGCUGCAUAUGGUUUGCAACAUAACUGCAUAGGAAUUCUUGGGCAAGAUAGUGACUACCUCAUCUAUAAUACAUGCCCCUACUUUUCCAUUGAGAAGCUCCGUUUGGACAGGCUGGUCACUGUUAUGUACUCUCGAGAAGAUCUUUGUCGUGCAUUGGGUCUUAGUUUGACACACCUCCCUCUCUUUGCUUGCUUGCUUGGCAACGAUGUUGUUCCAGAAAACUUGUUGGAAGGCUUUUGGCAUAAAUGUUUAGUCAACAGUCCCCAUAAGAAUAACAGCUACAACAGAAGAACAAACAUAUUUUUUGCUGUAGCAAAUUACAUCUCAAAAGUUCCAUGGUCAUACAGCGGCCUGAAACACUUAGAAGAGAUUCUACCACUGGGAUCAGACAAGACAUUGCUUUACAGAGGAGUGGAGUCCUAUCUUUUGCCUGGGCAGCAGUCUCCAUGGAUUCCUCCCAAAGUAACAAAUUGCCAGAUGUUUUCCCUUCAACAAGAAACAUCCAUGUGUCAAGAUAAAGAAAUCUUUCAGUUAGCUAAAGAACAGCAUGUCCAAUCUGAAAAUUACACAAUCUUCAAUAUCCUGAGUAAGGGAGAGAUUGUAUGCAGCAACUCUUUGGAAGAUGAAUCUGAUACAGAGAUUCCUGGACAGGCACUUAUCUACCGCCCUGCUCGUCAGCAUAUUUACUCUAUCUUGUUGGAAUCUGGAAAAGGUGGAGCCUCUCCUUUCGUGAAAGAGUGGUUUGUCUAUUUUGGAAAUCCUCUCCAACAGCCAGAGCUCAUACAGCCUGUACAACCUAUUCCAGGUGGAACACCUAAUUUGAAAACACUGUGGUUUGCCAAAGGACCUGACGUGGAAAAGCAGCGGUAUAGUACAUUUCUGGCAUGCUUUCACCUUCAGGAUGGGAUGGAAGAGCUCCAAGCUCUAGAAGCACCUGUUGCAGCAUUCUGCUGCUUGCUGGCCUAUCUUAUGAUGCAGGUCAGUAGCCUCUCUCUGGAGGACUUAAAUGCAUUUGUGGCACUUGUUCUCUGCCUCAAAGGAAAGUCAGCUGCUGAACUGGCAAGUUUGCAGCUUGCACAAGUGGACUCCAGAGGUGUACAUCUUGCUGCUGUCUUUGUUCGCGGUCUUACAACUUUGCUCAUGGCCAAUAGUGCCUGUGGCUUUCCAUUCAGAAUGGAUGAUUUGAUGCCUUGGCAGGUGUUUGAUGGAAAACUUUUCCAAGAAAAAUACCAGCAGUCACACCGAGGUUGCUCUUUGGAAGAGCUUUUGGAAGGCAAUGAGUCUUUGUAUACACCCUUCCAGAAUCUGAAGUCUUUCAUUUGCAAGGCUUGCAUGGCAAAGAAAAGAACAAUACACAGCAGACCAAGAGGGAAUGGAUUUGUCACAGGAACAUGGCAAAGAGAAUUUAAUCCCAGGUUCCAGCAAACACACAGAAGCUCUUUUGUUCCUCCGUAUCAUAACCAGAUGAGGGGAUUCCUAUGGAGAAAUCCUCAACCACAAGGUAGACAGUAUGGAUCAGGUCAUCCAGACCGAAGGAGAAGAUUCCACAUUCCUUCUCGGUGAGGAAUACAAGUGUACAGGUGACCCUGCUCAUUACUGGAAGCGGAUGAAAAUGGCUAAGAGAACAAGAUGCAUUAUGAAAUGCUGUAUGCUGAAAAUCAUUAAAACUUCAUCAGCAUUUCAAAACUGGUGGUGGGAAGCAUCUAAUCAGAAGUUUAUCAUGCCUCGUUUUCAGUUCCAUUUUAUUUUCAUACUUUUUGCUUCUAGCCUGUAGCUUAGAGAAGUAAAUUAUUGAAUGUCAUGAAACAAUUAUUAUAUAGUUUAGGUUCCAGAUAGUAUUGUUUGGAGCACUUUGCAAACACCUGGUUGACGCGCUUAUGAAAAAUGAUCAUUAAAAACUUACAUGUAAAAAAUAGAAGGCAGUCCUAGGUGUUGAAGAAGGCUGCAAAAUUUUAAUCAGUUCAUUUGGUUCUGUUGUGAAAACUAUUAUGUCUCUUCUAUUAAACCUUUAUGCUAGUCUAUUAACAGUUUGAACAGACACCAUUUUCACACAGCACAGUGUCUGAUUUGCAUUCCAGGGAUCUUGUCAUGUAAGGGACAUUCCUGCUUCCUUUCUCUAUUGAUUUAGAAUUUCCUCCAACGUUAUACUAGCCAGAGGCUUACACUGACGCUUAGACUUUGAGGCUAAAGACAGAUGUAAGGACUGGCAUAAAUCUUAAAUGUUUCAUAAAUGACUCACUACGUAUGAAGGAGAAUUCUAGGUAUUCCAGAAGAGAACUAUCCAUUUGACUCAGCUCUGAAAGGCCCCAAAAUAAUAGGACAUCAAAGCUAUAGAAAUUUCGUACGUAGAAACUGGUUUUAUAACUUUCUGGAAUGUUUUAGCUACCCUUUUCUCAUUCUCUGAGACUGAGGAACUAUGAAAGUAAGCCACAUGAUAGAAAAGUAACAUUUUUUAACUGUGACAUGAUUGUGAACACUUUAGAAGAACCUUUUUUUAUCUGAGACUGGGCACUUUCAGCCUCAAAUACCAUAAAGGUUAAUUGUACUACCGCUUUUUUCUUUUUCUUCUUUCCCCCCCUAAAACCUCUUGGAAUAAUGUGAUCUGAGUUUUAUGGAAAGUUCUCUAGUUUCAGGAAUCUCAUGAUGUAUAAUAGUGUAUUUGAAAAGAAUGUAAUUGUGUGCCAGAAUUUGUUGGUAAUUCCCCCUUCAGGCUUUGAUAUGAGAAAAGAUUUUGGUUGGCCUCAAUAAACAAAGUUAAAUACUGUUAGAGUGGGAGUUUUGCUGUGCUAGUUGUGGUAUGUUAUGAAUUGUUGGUAAUAAUUACCCUGACUACUGAAGAAUUGUUAGCUUCUCUGUGAGGUUUUUUUUUUUCUUUCUAAUGUUAGACCAUAAGCAGAAGCUGCUUAUUAUUAUUUCCAUGCCAAAGGUUUUUUUCCCACCAGGAAUCAUAAAGUGAAAGCAGAAGCAUGAAGUCAAAACAGAGGUGCUACUUUCCUGUCUCAAUGAACUCUAAAUUGGUCAAAGUACCAUAAAGCUUAUGGGCUGUAGAAGGAAGCAAUAUACAAGAACAUAACUGUAAAGAUUCCAGUCUAAUAGGGUUUCCUUAAUAUGUGGACUACAGGGUUACUUUGCAUGGGUACGUGGAUUUGAAGUGAAGGAACCUCUGUGAAGAAAAACUUACUUUCUUCUUGUUUGGCUAUGUUGCUUACUGUCUUCUGUAUCCAAUGCACUGGGUAGCUGCCCUUCAUCAAAUGUUCACUAAAGUUGUGGACUUAUUUGUUAGCUUUGUUUCUGGAAUGGGAUUCAGAGAACAUUCAUUAACAGCAAUAACUUUGUCAACUGUGACUCAACAGAAAUUGUGACAUGGUCAUUGCAAAAGAAAGAGUGACUCACAGUAAGACAUGUAUCAACUUCCCUCUUUUUAUUUAUUAUAUACCCUUCAUCUUA